AUGACGUCUAAUUUCGAUUCCUGUCGAUCCAAUACAGUAUCCCCUAAUCAACCUGCCGUAUCAGACUAUUCAGAUCUUUAUGACGAGUACAUGGCAGUUGAAGGCCGCUCGAGGCCUUCUACGAUCAACACCUUCACGGAGCAAAAUGCUAGUGGUGUGCGGUCAGAAUCCUCUGAUUUUAUUCCAUAUACAAGAGAACAAGCCCAGGAGAAACAUCUUUAUGAAGACCCAGGAGACGAAGAUGUGGCAUCAGAAUAUGAUGAAUGUUCGUCUUCCGAAGAAGAGGUUCCGAAUUUGGAGAAAGAUCGGAUACUGAUUCCGGAAUCAUCUGCUGAGUGGCAGCAGAAGGGCGCUGCUCAGAUCUUGGAAAAAGUGAGAGGACUGGAUGGAACUUCAGUAACUAGAGUUGUUAGGAAAUCUAUCAAAGACUUCAAACUAGGAAAAGAACUAGGUGAAGGUUCCUACUCGACCGUGGUAUUGGGAUCAGAUCUGUCUACUGGACGUGAUUACGCGAUCAAAAUACUGAACAAAAGACACAUAAUCAAGGAAAAGAAAGUGAAGUAUGUCAACAUUGAGAAGAAUGCCCUCAAUAGAUUGGGAAAAGGCCACGGAAUCAUCCAUCUGUUCUAUACCUUUCAAGACGAGCAAAAUCUUUACUUCGUUCUGGAUUACGCCCCAAAUGGAGAGCUUUUAUCCUUAAUUAAGAAGCACGGUACUAUGGACGAGGAGUCUGUGAGGUAUUAUUCUACUCAAUUAGUUGACGCAAUCGAUUAUAUGCAUAGAAAUGGCGUUAUUCACCGAGAUAUCAAACCAGAAAACAUCUUGCUGAAUGCCGACAUGAAAAUUAAAAUAACAGAUUUUGGCACUGCCAGGAUUUUGGAACCAAAUGACAAUGGGGUCUAUCCUUCGGAUGUGAAAGCUAACUCUUUUGUGGGCACCGCUGAAUAUGUUUCUCCAGAAUUGCUGAAUGACAAAUACUGCGGCAAGGCUGCAGACGUUUGGGCAUUGGGCUGCAUAAUAUAUCAGAUGAUUGCCGGGAAGCCGCCUUUCAAAGCAACCAACGAGUACCUCACAUUUCAAAAAGUGCUCAAACUUCAAUACGCCUUCAGUGCUGGAUUUCCAAUGAUAAUCAGAGACUUGGUGAAACGCAUUUUGGUAUUGAAGCCGAAGGACAGAAUUACGAUCCAAGAAAUUAAGAAGCACUACUUUUUCAAGGAUGUUGACUGGGAUGACAUGCAUGCAAUUUGGUCAGCACCUCCACCAGAGCUUGGUCCCUACAAAAUGUCUGCAAAAUCAAUGCUUCCUGUCCCUGAACUAAACAGAAGCUCACAAAGCAUGUCUCCAGCGGGGACCAAACGGAUUGGCAGUGCGGGAGGAAGAAGCGCCUCAACCGCCAAUAUCUUGAAUUCAAGCAAUCUGGCUUCUAGUGCAGCUUCAACUCCUACCGGUACGAAUGGAACCAUAUUUGGCUUGCCAAAUCCUAUGGAACCAAAAAAGACAAAUUCAUCUCCACUCUUGCCAACGGAAAAAACAUUAAACAAUCCUCUAUCCACUGCAGCUGCCGUCGCCACAACUAAAAAAUUGCUUUCGGAACCUAUCAAAAUCCCGUAUCUAGGAAGUACCGGUCAGUCUCAAGGAAUAACUGGUCGUUUUGAGGCAUCAAAGGCGAAUAGCAAUCUUCAAUAUUCAAACUUAGGAUCGAAACAGAACUCUACGUUAUACAACGGCGGUUCUGUUCAGGAAUACGUGACAGGUAGGUCGUCGCCUAAUUUGGAAGUACCUUCUGCUUUCAAAUCGGGAGGUUUUACCGGCUCUUCUCCAUCUUCAACUUUUUCUGGUGUUUCGAUCCAACAAAAACAAACCUCAGCGCAGAGCGUUGACGUGAUCCCAGGUACCAACAUUCCGAGACCUGUCCUCAAUACUCGAAUUAACGCAUCUAAUAGCUUUCGAAGAAGCUCUGGAGUAUCGGGAUCGAAGUCGAAACAGCCUUCUAUCACUGGCGUCAAGUCAGAAGAUAUUCCCCCUAUGUCUAUCCUUGACCUCACGUGGGUCAAUUUUUUAAUUCAUCCUGAUGAAAGAGUAAUGAAAGCAGGUAUUGUACAAGCUACCAAGUACACGACAGAGUCCUUUGAGAAAAGAUACAAAGGGAUGCUAGCAGAAUCACCAUUAGGCUACAAGAACAGAGAGGUAUUGAAUUCCUCGAAUCCUGGAAUGCUAGGGCAGGCUUCCUCCUUAAGGAAAAAGUCGAUCGCGUCCCUCCAAAGUUCAGACAAUGCAAUCACGUUCAUCGAGUACGAGACAGCAGAGAAUCAUGAAGAAGAGGACUCAUCAAAAGACAUUUCAUCCGAAAGAAUGACAAAGCUGAAAAACUUGUUUCAUAAGACUCCAGCGGAUCCAGUAGCAAAGCAACGAACUCUGGUGAUCACCACCUUUGGCCGGGCAAUGCUAUUUGUGGAGAAUCAUGAUCGCAACAAAGAAAAGUAUCAAUGCGUCGGUGAAAUUGACCUCAUCCAUUCCUCAGUACAAUUUAAAGAAGUAAUAGGAGAUCGAAGGUCUAAAAACGCUUCAACGGGUAUUUUUGCCAUUGUUUCUAAUAACGUGAGUCUGGCAUUUGAGGUAGAUAAGCAGGAUCUUUCUGCUUGGACGAAUGCACUGGCUAAAUCCAGAUUUAUGCAACAGGAACGAUACAUUCACAUGCUUAUGGAAAACAAUCCCGCAGGGAACCAAGGCAUGGCUGGCAUGGCUACGGGAAACCAAGCGGGUUCUCCUGCAGCCAACAUGGGAAUGUCCUCUCCUGUUGAAAACUCUCCCAGACUUUCUGUUGAGCUGCCGUCAAUGUUCUCACCUUCAGAUGAAGGCUUUCGAGAAUUACGGCCGAACAUGGAAUCAGGUCGCGGUAUUACAGGGUCGCCAAAUGCACAACCUGCUAGCAAAGCCGGAAGGAAACCUCCUCCAGUCGGAAGCCAGUUUCCAAGGUCCGAUAUGGAAACUCAUUCUAGCAAAUCACAGAGCCAACACCGCUCGGAUCCAGGCACUCGCAAAGUGUUGUACGAGAAUUCUCCUAUGAUCUCGGCAGCUAUCAACAAGGCGCUCAAAAAUACAUCUAUCUCCUCUGAAGGUGAAUACAACGGGCUAUCGAACACUCGAACCUCGAGCUUUACACAUAAAUCUGAUAGCAUUGCGGCUAAGACAGACAACACGGGCGGCAAUAACCAUGGCUCAAGCCCACGUUUGGUGACAUCUAUGAAUUCCAAACUUUUAGCACGGACUACCCGAAAGAAACGCUAA